AUGCCUCCUGCAGCGACCGGCGGCGAAUCUUCUGCCAAUGCUGUCGCUCAGACAGUCGAAGCUCAGCCCUACUUGAGCACCAUGCCCGCCUCGGACUUCUCAUGGCAAAUCACGCUCGCAGAAAAAGUCGUUGCCAUUACCGGUGCCAACCGGGGUAUCGGUCUGGGUAUUGCAGAAGUCUGUCUCGCCAACUCUGCCAAAGUCGUCUUCUCGCUUGACAUCACCGAGCCUGGCGAGGAAUUCAAGGCGCUGGCACAGCGGUAUCCCAAGCGAUUCGAGUACGUCCAGACCAACGUCACCGACGAAGAGAGCGUUGAGAAAUCGAUAAACACCAUUGUCGAGAAAACUGGCCGUAUUGAUGGCCUUGUUGCCAAUGCGGGCAUGACCAAGCAUCAACCCGCACUCGAUUUCCAAAGACCAGAGCUCCAGAAGCUGUUUGACCUGAAUGUGUUUGGUGCCUACUUCUGCGCCAACAUUGUCGCCCGCAAGUUUAUCGAGCUGGGGAUCAAGGGAUCAAUCGUCAUGACGUCUAGUAUGACUUCUUACCGACCAAACCGAGCUGCUCCUUCUGCUCCCUACGGCGCCACCAAGGCUGCCGUCCGAAACAUGUGCCACACGCUCGCCAUGGAAUGGAGUAAACACGGAAUCCGUGUUAACAGUAUCUCUCCUGGGUUCGUAAAGACAGCCAUGACAUACUACGUCGAGAACGCGCCGGACUGGAACCAGAAGAUGCAGUACUACGGCGGCAUGCCCCGUCUGGCAGACCCUCGUGAACUGGGUGGUGCAUAUGUGUACUUGCUGAGUGAUGCAGCGAGCUACACGACAGGAAUUGACAUUCCAAUUGCAGGUGUUGUCGGUGCUUGGUAG